CAGGUGUUUUUCGAUGCCUACAACAAGAAGUUUGGCUCUGACGGAUCCCACGAGGCACUGGACUGGAAGGAAUGCACUGAGAGAGUUGAAGAGUUCAAAAGACAGUUCAUACAUCAGAAUAUCAUUGACACCGAGAUCGAUGAUACGUCAAUGAUGCAGUGGCUUGGAUCUCUUCAGAUUCAUGAUUUCUACAGCACAAAGCAGAGACUGUUGAGUGCACAACGUUCAGAAGAAGAACUGCUCAUUAAAGGGGCUGAACCCCCAGUAGGGAAAGAGAAAACUGGGACAAAAGAAGACACAAAC